AUGACGGGAAAGCGCAAAUCCGCGGACCAAGCGGUUGCCACGAUCGCCAAUGUCCCGAGGGGGUAUCAUACCGGAUCGUCACAACACGCCUCGGCGGAAUCAGAGAUGGAGUUGGAAGAUUUCGUCGGCAUCCAGCGAAUGUCUCUAUGUCAAAGUGGUGCAACCUAUGUAUGCGAUCAAGUCGAUUCGGUGAAACUGAACUCGCGAUCUAAGGCCACGGGUGCUAAAGAGCAGAUGAUGACUACUACGCAAGGACUCCUGCAGACAUACCUCGAUGAGGCCAUGGAACGGUUCCGCAAAGAUCAACGGGAACGAGCGUAUUAA